AACGAUGCUUGGAGCUUUGACUUUCCUCCUCAUUGGCUCUCUGCUGCAGGGUGCCCUGUGUGGAGAUUGGAGUGUCACUGUACCACAGACAGUAGAAGCUGUGAAAGGAUGCUGUGUGACCAUCCCCUGCUCCUUUGAUUUACCUGAUAGAUUUGUACAAUACCUAAAUAGCCAGUGUGAAGCAAUAUGGAAGAAAACAAGUAACAACCAGAUUGUUCUAACUCAAGCAAUGGCAGGAAAUGCAAUAAAGAAAAACUGCACCUCAACCUUCAAUAUUGCUAUAAACAGCGAUCACUAUUACUUCAGACUGCAGUGUCCAGAACAGGCGAUAUAUGGUUUUUCAGAAACUCCUGUGAAUUUGGUAGUCACAGAUCAUCCUCCUGCACCAAACCUGACUCCGUCUCCUCUGGAGGUGAAGGAGGGAUCCUCAGUGAAUCUGACCUGCUCUGCUCCAGCUCCCUGUCAGACUCAUCCUCCAACUCUGACAUGGACCCCCAGUCUGGGUGACGUUCAAGAGCAACUGCUGGAGAAUGACAAAACUAAAGUCAAGAUGUCUGUCCUGACCUUCAAUGCUUCUCACCUCCAUGAUGGAGAGAAUAUCUCCUGCACUGUGGUCUACACGAAACAAGAUGGCAGCAGAGCUGCAUCUGUGAGCAGUUUAACAGCUGCUGUUUCCUUUCCUCCACGGAUCCUGCCAUCAUCUAAUUGCACCACAACUGCAGGCCAGAUCAACUGUUCCUGUGAAACUGUGGGAAAUCCUUCUCCCACUGUACACUGGUAUUUGGAUGGUCAACCUGUCAGUCAGUCUGACAAGUCUGUAAACAGCAGUGAUCGUGAUGACAAAGGUCUGAGGAGCUUCAUCACUGUGACUCGACCACAAGAGAAGGGUUGUUACACCCUGAUGUGCCACAGCUUCAACUCUCUUGGAUCUGCCAGUCAACAAUUCCGCCUUGAGGGUCAAGCAUCUGCUGAACGUCACGAUCAAAUGCUGUUGCCACUGUUCAUUACCACAACUGCCAUUUUACUUGCACUCGUGUGUGCUCUGCUGUGUGUUAUCAGGACUCUGAAGAAUCGCCAAAAACCCAACAGUCACCUCACAGGUGAAAUCAGCCAAGUCGCUACGAGCCAACAUCUGAUUAGAGAGGCAAAUGAGGCAUCCAACACAACAGAAGAGGAUAUUUAUGUCAACUCCGAAAGGCUUAGACAACCGCAUACUGCCGACCUUCCAACUGUGUCUGAGCCAAACGGCACCACUGUGCCCAGCUCUAGGUCAAACAGUGCCAAAGGAGUAGGUAAAAGCUCAGAGAAGAAUGGUGAGGAGAGCGAUGUCGUUUACUCUACUGUGUCUUGGAAGAGCAAGAACAAGAAGGGAGCAGAUUCUGCAAACAUGAAUCCAUUUGGUUUUUCCUAUCUGGAGGAGGAGAAGUCAACGAUGGGGGGCGUUCGAAGAAAUUUUAUGAGCAAUGCAGUGGAGAUGGGAAACCUGUAUGAUGAAGUGGGGCCUAGAAAUGUGAGGAAGGAAUCAGAAUGUGAAUAUGCUCAGGUUACAUUUAAGGGAAAGAGUAAAAGCAAAAAAUAGAUGUUUUGCCCUGUUGAAACAUCUGUCUUGCUCUUUUAUGUGUAUGUUUUUGGUGUAACUAAACACAUUUACAGAAUUUUGGCCUGUCUUGUACAAAUGCAGGGGAGAAAUGGCAAUAGCAGAAAUAUUCUGUCAGUAACGCUGUUUUAAAUGACAUUGUGACAGAUAUCAUAUUAUUUGUUCAUAGAACUGAAAGUUUUUACUCCAAACAUAUACUGGAUCCACAAUUUUUUAAAGAGUUUGACUGGUUUAGAUCCUUUUUUAUUAAAGAAGAACUUAUCACAUUGUAAAUACACAAUAAUUUGAAUAACGAGGAACUGCUUUCACAAUAUCCACUAUGUCAAUGCAAAAUAAUAUGAAAUGCUGGAUAUUUAAAAAAAAUGCUGAUGUUGCUUACAUGUAAGUUGCAAAAUCUCGUGGUAUUUUAUACUUAUUUGCUCGUGUGGCAUAAGCUGUUUAAUGCAUUAAUUUUAACAUAUGUUUAUGUGGAAACUGCAGCUGUUGUAAUUAUAUUGUGAAAGAGAGUCAGGUAUGAAUAUGCCCUUUCCCCCCCCAAAAAAAUAACAAUCUCGGGACUAUUUCUUCGUGUUUUGACUUCAGAAACGUUUUUCAAAGCAGACAUUUUUGGUUGCAGUUUCUAGUAAAUACAAAUCAUGUUAUGCAAGAGGAGAGUUAUCUGUCUUAAAUAAGCUAUCCAUGUCAUAAAUAUAAGCUUAAAUAUACAUUUUUCAAGAAACCAUUUUUAAUUUAAUUUAAUUUUUUUCAUUUUUAGAAAAUGUUCGCUUACAUGUAGCAUUGUGUGGUUGGUAUUCACUGACAUACACAGACUGGUUAUGGGUUGAGCUGCUGGAACGCGCAAUAACUGUUUGAGUAACUUUCAUGGAUGUGUUAUCUGAUUGCUUUUGUGAUGUCUGAUGUUUCAUACCUCUGUGUUUCUAUUGCUGAGGUGAUGUUGUCCCAUUAAGUGGCUGAUAUUGUCUGCACUCUAAGAAGUAUUUCACAUAGCCUAUUCACACGAAUUAAUUAAAUGCAUGCCUGCAGGAUUAAACAUGAAUAAAAAUCUAAUGUACUACUUA